AUGGCAGACGAGCCAUUAUUUUCAUUAGAAAUGACCGAACAUCGAUAUCCAUCAAUUGAUAAUGAUGACGAUGAUAAUCGUUUUAUUGAUAAUGAUACUGGUGCUGAUCCAUCACAAAUAAAUGAAAUUGAAACAGUACAAAUAACUGAACGAACAGUUAAUCCACGUGGAGAAAAAAUUUCACCACAUGAUUUUCAAUUAUUAAAAGUACUAGGUAAAGGUGGAUAUGGAAAAGUUUUUCAAGUAAAAAAAUUAUUUGGUAGUCAUCAAGGUGAAAUAUUUGCUAUGAAAGUUUUAAAAAAAGCCACUAUUGUUCGAAAUGCAAAAGAUACUGCUCAUACAAAAGCUGAAAGAAAUAUUCUUGAAUGUGUUAAAUGUCCAUUUAUUGUUGAUCUUAUGUAUGCAUUUCAAACAGGUGGAAAAUUAUAUUUAAUAUUAGAAUAUCUAUCAGGCGGAGAAUUAUUUAUGCAAUUAGAACGUGAAGGAAUCUUUUCAGAUGAUAUGGCUUGGUAUUUUACAACAUUAUAUCUUCUUGUCAUUACAAAUAAAAUAAUCCAUGGAUUUCAUGGAUUAUAUCUUAAACCAGAAAAUAUUCUACUUGAUGCUCAAGGUCAUGUAAAACUAACUGAUUUCGGUUUAUGUAAAGAAUCUAUCUAUCAUGGUGGACAAACAAAUACAUUUUGUGGUACAAUUGAAUAUAUGGCACCAGAAAUUUUAACUCGAUCUGGACAUGGCAAAGCUGUUGAUUGGUGGUCAUUUGGUGCAUUGAUGUACGAUAUGCUAACGGGUGCUCCUCCAUUCACAGCCGAAGAUCGUCGACGAACAAUGGAUAAAAUAAUAAAAGCAAAAUUAGUUUUGCCUGCAUAUUUGACUGCUGAUGCAAGAGAACUAAUUCGAAAUUUACUUCGUCGACAAGUCAGUCAUCGACUUGGUAGUGGACUUGAAGAUGCAGAAGCAAUUAAAAGUCAUCCAUUUUUUGGUCAUUUAAAUUGGAAUGAUGUUUAUGCAAAACGAUAUGAACCUCCAUAUAAACCAAUUCUUAAAAGUGAUGAUGAUGUUAGUCAAUUUGAUACAAAAUUUACUGUACAAACACCAGUUGAUUCACCGGAUGAUAAUAUGUUAAGUGAAAGUGCUAAUCAAGUUUUUCUUGGUUUUACUUAUGUUGCUCCAUCAAUAAUUGAAGAUAUGAAUCGAUUAGAUUUGAGUAAUUAUGGACUUCGUUCACCAAGAAAAAUGAUUCCAUCAGAAUUAUUAACUCAAACAUUGAAUAUGAAAAUUUCUGAACCAACUAAUGUUAAUGAUCAGUCAACUACUACAAUAAUUGAAACAAAAGAUAAUAGUGAUAGUUUAUCAGCAAGAACAGUCAGAUCAUCUACACUCAAUAGAUAUCCAUCAAAUAAAUCAAAAAGUCCAGGAAAUAUACUUAAGAAGCUUUUUCGUCGUCGUCGUAGUACCAGUCGCUAA